AUGAUGACGUGCUCGGAGUUGAAUUCGAACUACGCAUACCCACGUGUUCGCUCCAUACUCUCAGGCUUCUCUUGCAACAAUGAAAUCAACGCCGGAGACGCUGGUUGCGUCUCCACCACGAUUCUACCCAAUCCUCACCCUGCCCAACGAAAUAACCGGACACAUCUUCCACCAAUACAUCCCGGAUUAUCCUACAGCUCCUCCUCCCACUGGCGACGGCUCUCCGACGCUGCUGAGCCAUGUCUGCCGCGACUGGCGGGCCAUGUCUGCCGCGACUGGCGGGCCAUCGCACUGUCAAUGCAUACUCUAUGGCGAGCGAUACCAAUCGAAUGGGAAUCCGGUUGGAUACCCAAGUGGCUGGAGCGCUCCGGUGAAUGUCGACUCUCGGUUCAAGCCCCUCAUCUUGCCGGCAAAGUGCACAACUCGGCCUGGGAGCACAUUAUGGGUCAGCGAGAGCGUUUGGAAUACUUGAACUCUUCGGCCAGCGGUUCCCAACUUGAAGAACGGACCUUUUGGCCGGCGCUCCAACACCUCGAGCUGCACAUUGAUCCAACUCGGCCUGAGGACGUAACCACCCUGCAUAUCGACGCGCCCCUCCUCCGUUCCGUUAUCCUCUGGGGCUUCCAGUACUCAUCGAAACUCCUUCCUUGGCACCAGUUGACGGUCAUCGCCUUGAUCUUCCGGGACCAACAUCAAUGCUCGCUGGUCCUCCAGCAGACACCCAAUCUCGUUUAUUGUGAACUGUCAUUGGACCUCGAAGAGGUGCCAGGCGUCGCGCGACCCCAGGCCGAUAUCAGCUUGCCGCGUCUCCAGUGGCUCAUCUUGGCCGUCUACCCAUAUGGCGACAUUCCGUCCGUCAAUUAUCUUCACUCUUUCAUUGUCCCAGCUCUGCGACGCCUGACAGUAGACGAAGCCCUCCUCCGCGUUGGCCCGGGCUCCAGUCAAGCCGGUCAAAUCAAUGUUUUCGUCGAUAAAUCGGGUUGCAAGCUCGAUGAGCUUUGCAUCAUUGACCGCCGGCUGCGGCCCGGCCCCGAGAAUGGCGCGUCGCUCUCCGACGGCCCGUGGUCCCCUUCCAUCCGGCACGUCUCGGUCGAUCGGGACCCCGCAAGCCAUAACUGGGACGAGGAUAAAAGCGCAGACGAAUCACGGCGGACUAUCUAUCGCUACUUGUCUUCCACUCAGAGUAUCGCACAUCUAGACACUGGCAUUUUGGCUUGA